AUGACAGUGACGGAGUAUGCAGCGAGAUUUGAGAACCUUGUAAGGUAUUUUCCUCAUUAUCAAGGGGAAGCUAGGGAGAGGUCCAAAUGUGUAAAAUUUGUUAAUGGCCUCCGACCAGAAGUAAAGAUGAUGGUGAAUUAUCACAGUAUUCAUAACUUUGCACAGUUGACCAACAUGUGUAGGAUCUUUGAUGAAGAUCAGCGGGAGAAGGUUGCAUUUUACAGGAAUGCCAAUGCUAGUCAUGGGAAAGAGAAGAAGCCUGUGACUCACAGUCUUGCUAAGCCACAUUCUGCCCCUCUCGGGAAAUAUGGAAACCAUUCUGGGGGACAAAGGACCAGUGGAGGACAUCACCUAGCUGGUGGGAGUUCUCAGUCAGUUAACAGAGUGUCUCAACCUGCUGGUAGAGGUGGUGGUGGUGCUCCUGCUACACCUGCUACGCCAACCCGAUGUGCUAAGUGUGGUAAGAUGGGUCAUUUUGCUCGUGAGUGCCCAAAUAGUGACGUGACUUGUUUCAACUGCUGA